CUGUACUCUCUCACUUGCCUGCACUAAUCCUUUUGUUGUGCACUGAGGGGCCCAGGCUUCGACUGACUAUUAGGAACUGUAAGCUCUGGUUCUGUGGAGGGUUGCCUGCUGAGUCCUCUUGUUCUCCACCAGAUCUGGCAUACUAAUAUCACUGCCUCCUUCAGCAAUAUACCUGCCCUUCGUUUUUUAGAAAYUUUCUUUAUCUYAUGUUUGMUAACUUUUUGAUUUUGUUUGUUGAUGUUUUCUGACCGUCACUUCUGUGUUUCAGUUCCCUAGCCGGUCCUGGGAGAUUGAGAGAGUCUGACAGCGCUGAUAAGAACAUGCACUUUAGGAGCACUGCUCCAUGUUUGGUGCUGCUGCAUCUUUUUGUGCUGGGGCGAGUGCUAGAAAGCAAAGCGCAGGACCAGGACUACCUCCAGGAGGCUCUCAGAACAUUGGAUCUACCUUUAGGGAGUGAUGACAAGCCUCGGCUCCAGAAGAACCGAACCAGUGACCUGAUUGCCAAACUGCUCCGAGAUGUGCAUUGUGGAGAGAGGACUGGCAUGAYGCAGAGCAUGUGUGAGAAAUGCCUGACACAAGACAUUGUCCUCUCUGUGCUUGAGGAUGAUGAUCGGAUUUUUCUCAACGAGCAAGACUAUCAGCAAAUCUCAACCGUUCUGUUGUACUACAUAAUUAAUUUGGAAGAUCUGUGUGUUGCAAACAUCACCUCCCUUUUACCCSUUUCCUCCCCAUCUGAGAACUUCAAGUUCUACCUUCUGGGUCUAACCAAUCUGCAUCCAGCUGAGGACAAUCGCUUCCUGUCAUACAACGAGACACAAAGUAUUCUGCGACUCAUUAACCAGCACUACCGCCCCUCAAACCAGGCCGUUUUUGAUUUGCCAUGUAUUGACUCAGCUCACCUUUUAGAAGAAGUUGAUGUAGAGGGAAAUCCAGGUGUUGGGAUAACUACGGUGCCCAGAUUGGCAGCAACCAUAAUCAACUAUAUCCUGCUGGGAUCCUGUUUUUCACAGAGGAACCUCCCAUCUCCUGCCUUUUUUACAGAAUAUAUUUUUCAGUCUCUAAAUUCUACAAACAACCUUGAAAUUAUUGAUUUGGAGAAGCUGCUUCGUCAGUUAGGAGUAGGACAUGAAGGAGGAAUGCAGAACAGGAAGACGAGGAGCAUUAGAGGAAGCACACAGUCUGUGAAGUCACUGGAAAACUGCAACCAUAAAACUGAGAGAGGAUGGGAACAGGUAUGUUUUUCAGCCAAUCAGCUGGUGGAUAUUUUUGCUCUGGACCCUCAUUUGCCCAUUUCCAAGAAGCACUUCAGGCAAAUCUGCCCUGCCAUUAUUCAACAGCUGCUAUGCAAUGCCUGUGGAUCAUUAGAACAAAAAACAGGAGGGUCUUUACCAACUGCUAUGGAGAAGUUCRGCUACAGCACAGCUGCUGUCCUGGUCAUCACAGUGAGCUCCAUGCUGGGUAUUUGUCUGGUGUUUUUUAACUCCURUCAGGAGACCUACACACUCAUCCUGCAGCUGUUUGUGGGCCUGGCUGUGGGAACACUGUCAGGAGAUGCUCUCCUGCACCUCAUACCACAGAUCCUUGGUCUUCAUGAUGCAACUCACAGUCAUGAUGAUGAAAUCUAUGUUGAAGACAAGGAGCAUCUGUGGAAGAUUCUGUGCCUGAUUGCUGGGAUUUACGGAUUCUUUCUUCUUGAAAAAAUAUUUUCAUAUGCAGUUCCUUCCCAUAGCCAUGGUCACUCCACUGACCUUCCCUUAGAGCUGACCUGCAAUGGUCAGUCACAGAGGGGCAGGUCCAUUUCCACCAUCCAGUUGGGAGCAGUGGAAGAGUUAGAAUGCACAGAAAUACCUCAUGAACAUACAAACAGGAGCUGUCCACAUGAGAAACAAGCAGUUCCUCUGCUGGCAGUGAUGAUAAUUGUGGGAGACAGYAUUCACAAUUUUGUUGAUGGCUUGGUUGUCGGUGCAGCUUUUUCUUCUUCAGCUGAGACUGGCAUGGCAACCACUGUGGCCAUCCUGUGCCAUGAGAUCCCACAUGAGAUGGGGGACUUCGCAGUGUUGCUCAGCUCUGGACUCCCAGUAAAAACUGCGGUGCUGAUGAACUUCCUCAGUGCCCUGACCGCCUUCAUCGGCCUCUACAUCGGACUUUUUGUUUCUUCUCAGAUAGAAGUGCAGCAGUGGAUCUUUUCUGUGACCGCAGGGAUAUUUCUCUAUCUGUCUCUGGUGGAAAUGCUUCCAGAGAUGAGUCGAGUGAAGACGGACAGGCCGUGUCUUGUCUUUCUCCUGCAGAACCUGGGGCUCCUGACGGGUUGGACCUGCCUUCUGCUGCUCGCGUUCUUCGAACAUGAACUCAAACUCUAAACGCAGCGUACAUCUCCCACACAAUACUUGAUUGCCGUUUAUUAUCCGUGCUCUCCACAGAUGCGUGUAUUACUUU